CCCUCUGAGAUGCUGUUGUAUGACGUCACGAAAACAUGGCGACGCUGUGGGAGAUUAGAACUGUAAAUGAUCUUCUCUAUUGAUACUCAUAUACCUGCAGAAACUUCUGGCAUUGUUGUUUUGUUUGUUUCUACAUUAUUCGAGCAUCUGAUUCAUGUUUAUAAAUGUCACCAGUAUUCUCAUCAUCCUAAAAGAAGACUUGUUUCAACACGAACAGGAAUAACUCCAGGUGUUUCAACUGAGAUCUGCGGGAUAAAACAUUGUAAAAUGAUGUUUAUUAAAGAAGAGAGUGAGGACAUGAGUUAUCCAGAAUCAUGCAGUUCAAAUGUCAUGAAAAAUGAAGAUACUGAGGAACAAAGAGCAGAAGAAAGGAAGUCAUACGCAUCUGGGAUGGCAUGAGGGAAUAACUCCAGGUGUUUCAACUGAGAUCUGCGGGAUAAAACAUUGUAAAAUGAUGUUUAUUAAAGAAGAGAGUGAGGACAUGAGUUAUCCAGAAUCAUGCAGUUCAAAUGUCAUGAAAAAUGAAGAUACUGAGGAACAAAGAGAGCUGAUGGAUGUGAAAGAGGAAAGUCAAGGACUGAAUGAAGUGAAAGAGGAAAGUCAAGGACUGAAUGAAGUGAAGGAGGAGAAACACAAUCCGGAUCAGACACUUUAUAGUUUCAAAACUGAACAAAACUCUUUUAGUGACUCUCAGACUGAAAAUAAUUUCUCACAAAAAAAACCUAAAAGAACAAGAACCAGAUAUUCUUUCAACUGCCCUCAGUGUGGAAAGAGCUUCUCAGUGAGAAGUCACCUUCAGAGUCACUUAAGAGUACACACUGGAGAGAAGCCUUUUACCUGUCCUCAUUGUAUGAAGAGUUUUGCAGAGAAAUGCAACCUUAUUAGUCAUGUGAGAAGUCAUACUGGAGAAAAGCCUUUCACCUGCCAUCAGUGUGGAAAGAAUUUUACACGUAACGCAAGUCUUAAAAAGCACAUGAUAAUUCACACUGGAGAAAAGCCUUUCAAAUGCCAUCAGUGUGGGAAGAAUUUCAGAGAGGCAUGUAGUCUCAAAAAUCAUUUGUCUUUUCACUCUGGAGAAAAGUCAUUUGUCUGUGAUCAGUGCGGUAGAACAUUUUCUUCAAGGUCAGUCUUAAGAACACACCAGAAAAUUCAUGUAAAUGAGAAGCCUUACUUAAGUUCAGUUUACGGAAAAAGUUCUUCACAUGUGCACAGUUUAAAAGACCAUCAGAGAAAUCACACUGGUGUGAAAGAUCAUGUGUGCUCUGAGUGUGGGAAGGCCUUUCAUAAAGCUUACGGCUUGGAACGCCAUAAAAGAAUUCAUACUGGAGAAAAACCUUACAGGUGUUCACAUUGUGGAAAGAGUUUCACUAUUUCAGGAAACCUGAAAGCACAUGAGAGAGUGCAUACUAGAGAGAGGCCGUACCACUGCACUUCAUGUGGAAAGAGAUUCAUUAGGUCAGAAAACCUGAAAACACACAUGAGAUUGCAUACUGGAGAGAAGCCGUACCACUGCACUUCAUGUGGGAAGAGUUUCUUUAGGUCAGAAAACCUGAAAGAACAUGAGAGAGUGCAUACUGGUGAGAGGCCGUACCACUGCACUUCAUGUGGAAAGAGUUUCAUUACGUCAGGAAACCUGAAACUACAUAAGCGAGUGCAUACUGGAGAGAAGCCAUACCACUGCACUUCAUGUGGGAAGAGUUUCUUUACGUCAGAAAACCUGAAAGAACACGAGAGAGUGCAUACUGGAGAGAGGCCGUACCACUGCACUUCAUGUGAGAAGAGUUUUAUUAGAGCAGGAAACCUGAAAGCACAUGAGAAAGUGCAUACUGGAGAGAGGCCGUACCACUGCACUUCAUGUGAGAAGAGUUUCAUUAGGCCAGGAAACCUGAAAGUACAUGAGCGAGUGCAUACUGGAGAGAGGCCGUACCACUGCACAUCAUGUGGGAAGAGUUUCAUUACGUCAGGAAACCUGAAAAUACAUGAGCGAAUGCAUACUGGAGAGAAGCCGUACCACUGCACUUCAUGUGGGAAGAGUUUCAGCCACUCAAGCACUCUGUUAACUCAUAAAAAAAAUCAUUGUCCAGGGUUGUCACAGUGAGCAAAUAUUAAUAUUUAUUUGCCUGUCAAAUAGUAUGCCAUUUAGAACAAGACAAAAUGGAAUUUCUCUCAAAAGAACAAUUACAAUUAAAGAUGAAGUAUUUGUAAUCUACAAUAGCACCACCGAAUGGAAUUGCAAAAAAUAAAAAAUGCUUUCAAAACAAGUUUCUGAAUACGCCCCUCAUUUGCCGUUAAUCAAUCAAAGAGAUAGUCGCGCCCCCAACUCAGUGGUUGAGUAAUGUUGUUGGUUAGGUCUAAAUGGGUCACUCAAAACAAACACAUUCAUUUUUAAAUCGUCACAGUGUUUACAGUUUUUGAGGAAAAUUAAUCUAUGAAUGGCUUACUCUACACAUUAAGCUGGGAUGGAAGACAGUAUUUUAACACUUAUUUUAACACAUUACCUGAAGUGCUUUUUGAGCUGUCAUUCUAUGUAAUGGGUAAAAGGACAUUUGUACUUUCUCAACAAACCAUAAAGAAGUCAAAACAUUAGUUUAGAAAACUGUGAUGUUGUGAAAUGUAAAUAUUUUUGUAUGAAUUCUUUCCUUCUAUGAUUGAACUAGCCGUAGAGCUAAAUUAUGCUAGCAGUGACAUAGGGUGAAUCUCAGUGUGCAUUCUUUUAUGUUCUUAUGUUCCCGUGGACUCGUUCUACGUCGUCAUUCACUACCGAAGUUCGAUUCCAAUCCUCAUGAACGUAAGUACAGAACACACAAAAUUACCCAGAUUUGUCCUUGAAAUCGAGGAUGCAUCGGAUGGUGACUUGUGGGCAAGAACUCGGUAUUACGGUGAAAGACGAAGGACAUUUAUCGUUUUGUUUUUCCUCAAACGUUUCCCCGCUGUAAGCUCGUGAAAGUCUGACUGCUUGUGAGAGUCGUUCUACUCCGUCAACAUUUGUUUUUGUUUUUGGGCAUAAUUUUAAUACAGUAAUAAAAAUGUAGAGAACAAGUGUUUACAGACUUUAUUCUUUUAACGUGUCACUAGUCCUGCAAAACCUCACUGGUGUGAAUGAAUGUAAGCGCAGCGUAGUCCUAGCAGGAAGACUAGCAGCUGUAUAUCAUCACACCAUUAGCUAGGUAACUCCUAGCCAAUCACAUGUAAGCCAUUUCUUUAUAAGGCUGCUCACAAUCUAUCACAUUGCUGUUUCAGUGUGCUAACACGGCAAUCAACAACAGCUACUAUGUCUGACGAAGACUUAGUUUCGCUCCACGAUGAGUCAAUACCUGCUCAGGACACAGAUUUCAUCCCAUGCUCCUUACCACACAUAGAAGAUCAAACAGCUCCUCGGCGCAGCGAGCGACUGCAUACACAGGAGUCUCAAUGGGAUCACUGCCCCCUUGGAAGGAUCAAAUGAAUUAGCUAGCUCAUGACAUCCUGGGAACUGCACCUUCUCUUCCUCGCGAUGCAACCACGUCUUCUCAACUCUCUGCCCCGCUUCAAAAAAUAUGGGGCAUAAGCAUCCGCUAAACAAGAACCCCAGUCAUCUCACAGUCAUGCCGGAGACUUCCCGCAGGGGAAGCCACAGUAUCAACGUCAACCGGAAUACUCGACCCAGUGCUAGAAGCCGUGAGAUCCAUCGCAGAGUCAGUGAAAAUCAUAGAUUCCAGACUUUUACUCCUCGAAUCCUCGCAAAUUUCCAUUGCUCCAGCACAAACAGCCCCUCACCCUGUAGCUAUAUUAUCUAGCCCUUCCCACACGCACGCUGCUCCUUUCUUCUCUCUGGCAAGCUCCUGCCCCCGCUCACAUGUCAGGUAGAAGUUUUGUUUCACCCGCUGCAGCAAAGGUCUCGUCAGUGCUCAGAGUUCAAAUCAUCAAAGGUAAAGACGUUAAUUUAGCUUCUCUUUUGCUUCCCUCCCCCGCAUGCGAUCGUCAAAUGGACUGUGGGGAUGUGUCAGUGGCCCAGCCUUCAGAUACCAGACUUUUGCGCAACCUCCCCUUUCAUGAAUUCGUCAUUGCUUUUGGUGUUUAUAGAGACAUUCUCUGCAGCACUUUCCCUGAGCGCAGAGAAGAAUUAGACUCUUACCUCGCAUUGAUCGCCGAUCUCAAUCAGCAAUAUGGUGGCACGCUCUUCUAUGAAUAUCAUAAAUAAUUUUCAGCUAAAUCCACCAUGUACAUUUCUCAGUUUAAUAAAAGAAUUAACUGGUCCAUCUCUGACACAAAGUUGCUCAUCAGACAUUUCGUGGGGGCACCGAGCGCUCACUUGCACCAUAUGCAGCUCUCACGGACAUUCAUCCGCAAUGUGCCCUAAAACUGUAUCCGCUGCCUCAUCACCCAUGGUAGAGCUCGGGGGCACUCUAUUGACUAUGUUAAUGGCAGGUCCAUUUGUAACAAUUUUAAUGAAUCUGUGUGUGCAUUUCCUAACUGUUUUUUUUCUCAUGUUUGUAAUUUCUGCAAGGACCUGCAUCUGAAAUCCGUGUGUCCAUGAUGCUUUCGCCCAUCCUAAGUAAAGGUUAUCUUAUGGGUCCCUUCAGGUCUCCUCCUUUCUGUUCUUUCAGGGUAAAUCCUAUCGGCUUAGCCACUCGCAAAUUUUCAGGUAAGAAAAUACUUAUUUUCGAUGUCUGCUCCGCAAUCAGGAUACGUGGCUAGCGUGAACGACAUGAUUCCACUAGAGCCGUUUUCUCUUUACUACGCCUCAGUCGAUCAUGCCAUUCAAUUAAUCACCAAGACCGGGCACGGCACCCUCCUCACUAAAGCAGAUAUCAAAGACGCUUUCAAAAUCAUGCCCAUUCACCCCACCGACUGGCCCCUCUUCGGCGUCAGGUGGCAGUCAAAAUUUUACUUUGCUGUCCGACUCACUUUCGGGUGCAGAAGUAGCCCUCACAUUUUUAAUUUGCUGUCGGAAGGCAUAUGCUGGAUCCUUCUCAAUCACUUUAAGCUCCCAUUCGUACUACACCUGCUCGACGAUUUCCUGCUUAUCGAUCUCCCCGCUGCCCACACCCCAUUUUGGACGUUCUAAUUGAUCUUUUUCACAAGUUGUGUGUUCCACUCUCAAGUGAAAAAACCACAGGCCCCACCACGUCUCUCGAAUUUCUCGGCAUCAUGCUCGAUUCUCUAAACAUGCACGCCCUCCCCGGAAAGCUCACACCAUCAUGGGAUAUCUUUCAACAAGGGUAUUGCAUGACAACAUCACCAUUAUCGUAUGGCUUUAUGCAUGCUGUCCACCUUUGGCAAAGAUAACCAUUAAACAACGGCCACCCUCGUUUGAGGGCUCGAGCCUCAUGGGACAUCUUUCAAUGAACGGUAUUGCAUGCAGCGUCACCAUUAUCGUAUGGCUUUAUGCAUGUUGUUCACCUUUCAGCAAAGAUAACCAUCAAACAAUGUCCGCCCUCGUCAGAGGGUUCAUAAUCAAAUGUUGUUUUCUUUCAACAAAGGGUAUUGCACACAACAUCGCCAUUAUCGUAUGGCUUUACGCUACGUUGUUCAUCUUUCGGCAAAGAUAUCUCAAACAACAAAAUCAAACUGGAGGAGAGAAAAAAAAUUUACUCAAGGACAAAAUCAAACUGGAAAAAAACUAAAAAAAAAUAAAUAAAUUAGCCAUCAGUAAUACGCAAGCGCGGCUUUUCCUUUUGCAAAGGUUUUGCACAACCAUGCCAGAGAUCUUGCGUAUUUCAUGUCAAACCUAGGUGCUCACAUCUCUCUUUUUUUUUUUUCCUCUUCUCCAGAAUGAACGCCUAACACGAGACCUGGUUUGUACCUGACUGGAUCUUCUCUUUUGGGGGUAGUAUUUUACUUUCUCUCUUUUGGGGUAGGCUCCCCGCCCCUGCCUCCUAUCUCCUAUAUGACGGUUCCGAGUACAACUUCUUCGGACCAUCAGACAUGGCUUACUCCAAAGACAGACAUUACAUUUCCAUUUUAUAUUCAUCAAAUAAAUGUCAUCUUAAAUUUCACUCAAGUCUGCGAGCCUUCCUGAUAGAAAUGUAAGCACAGCCUAGUUCUAGCGGGAAGACUAGCAGCUGUACAUCAUCGCACAAUUAGUUGGGUAACUCUUAGUCAAUCACAUGUAAGCCAUUGCUUUAUAAGGCUGCUCACAAUCUAUAACAUUGCUCUUUCAGUGUGCUAACACAGCAGCCUCCACCUCCCCACCACCACCAGUUGAGUCCCGUCUUGCACGGGGGUAGGCUCCUCGCCCCUGCCUCCUAUCUCCAGCAGGAUAUGACGGUUCCGAGUACAACUUCUACGCCAAAGAGAGACAUACAUUUCUUUCUUUUUUUAUUCAUCAAAUAAAUG